GUCACACAAAAGUAGUUAAAAUAAUAAAAAAAAAUACAGAGUACAUGAGCUUGAGUCGUUGAGAACAAGAUCAGUUCUCCACUUUGCAGCACAACCACAUUCUCCAAUUCAGAUUGUGAAUGGCUACUUCUUUUCAAUAUUUGGUACCACCAUUUUGUUGCGGGCGUCCCAGCUAUACAUAUACGUCGUCGUUUCCAUCUCCUAUAGCCAUUUACCGGGGAAAUGUAAGAAAAAAGCUCAGAAUCUGUAGAGCAAUGGUUGAGCAGCAGACAGUACAAGGAGGGGCUUCUUCUACUUUCGCUAAAGAUAUGGAAAGGCUUUCUGCUAAGGAGUCUCUCCUUCUUGCUUUCAAAGAUGCUGGUGGAUUUGAGGCCUUGGUCACUGGGAGGACAACAGAUGUACAACGUAUUGAUGUGAAUGAGAGGAUCAUUGGUCUCGAGAGGCUCAAUCCGACGCCUCGUCCCACAACGUCUCCCAAUCUGGAAGGUCGAUGGAAUUUUGAGUGGUUUGGAGCUGGUAGCCCAGUACUCAUUUUUGUCAAAGUUUUGUUUGGGAGAAUUCCUCCAACGUUGGCAAAUUUAUCAAAAUUGGAUGUGCUGAUCAAGGAUGGAUGUGGGACUGCUACCGCACAAGUCAAAUUACUAAAUUCGAUUGAGAAUAAAUUUAUCAUCUCCACCAAGUACAGUGUUGAGGGCCCUCUUCGUAUGAAAGAAGAGUACGUUGAAGGGGCAUUUGAAUCUCCAAAGGUCAAUGAGGAAGCUGUACCCGAACAACUAAGAGGUGCUUUUGGCCAGGCUGUUAAUACUGUGCAACAACUUCCUGUCUCCAUUAGAGAUGCUGUAUCCAAUGGGUUGAAAGUUCCUCUUGGCAUUUAUGUUGCUUCUCACUCUGUGCUGUUACGAUGUCAGGCGGGACCUUCCAGAGACUUAUUAUGAUUUCUUACCUUGACGACGAGAUCAUGAUCGUAAGGAAUACUGCAGGAGAACCUGAGGUUCUAACAAGGUUGGAGGCAGCACCUGAUCCAGAAAAGAUAACUGAAUACGUGAGUUAAGUGACUAGGCACAUUUUGCAUGAAAAAACCUUCUUCUUUUUUUGUCAUUACUUCACAUUUCUAUGUAACAUAAUACAUUGGCAAUACUUUGUAUAUCAAAAUUUCACACCACUAACACCUUGUAAUGCCACAUCGAUGAGUAACGAACACGAGCUCACUCCAUAGUGGAAAGAAUUGGUAAAACUUGUCAUGGUUUUGUGAAUGUCAUCUUGACGCAAAAGAAGUGGUUAAACAUCUCCAUCUUA